GUUCUGCAGUACAUUGGGCUGAAGCACAUUCCUGCUUUGCAAGGCUUUCUGUUAAGGAUGUAUUGUGGCUUUUGUUUGGAUUGCAGCAUACAGAAUUACAGCCGUUCAUAGGAGACUCAUUACAACUCCUGCUGAAGCUCCUAAUCUUCCUCCCUUCUCUUCUGCCCCCUCCCCCUACUCUCACUUGGCCUGAAGACGUUGUCCUCAGAAUUUACUUUACUUUUUUGGUACUAUAUGUAUGGUGAACCUGCCACUAUGGCUGCGUCUGCCAGAUGACUGCUGCUGGCUCUCCCUAUUCCAAGAAGGAUUUAAAAGGGAAUUGCACUGCAGACAAUGCACCAGAGCAGCAGCAUCGGGAACUUGGGGACUAAGGCUCCUCUGGCAUUAUUAUACACAUGCAAAGCUGACCGCUAUGACAGCAGCUGCUCCUUUGAACCGUUGGCAGCAGCCAAGCGGCAGCAUGAAGUAAGAGAUCACUCCUAACCUCAAGAUGAAUUCCUCCUUGGAUGGUAAUCAGAGCAGCCACCCUUUCUGCCUCUUGGCAUUUGGCUAUUUGGAAACCACCGAUUUUUGCCUUUUGGAAGUGCUAAUUAUUGUCUUUCUAACUGUAUUGAUUAUUUCUGGCAACAUCAUUGUGAUUUUUGUAUUUCACUGCGCACCUUUGUUGAAUCAUCAUACUACAAGUUAUUUUAUCCAGACUAUGGCAUAUGCUGACCUUUUUGUUGGGGUAAGCUGCCUAGUUCCGUCCUUAUCACUCCUCCACUACCCCCUUCCGAUAGAGGAGUCCUUGACUUGCCAGAUAUUUGGUUUUAUAGUAUCAGUUCUGAAGAGCGUCUCCAUGGCCUCUCUGGCCUGUAUCAGCAUCGAUAGAUACAUUGCUAUAACUAAACCUUUAACUUAUAAUACCCUGGUUACGCCCUGGAGACUACGCCUGUGUAUUUUCCUGAUUUGGCUGUACUCAACCCUGGUCUUCUUGCCUUCCUUUUUCCACUGGGGCAAACCUGGAUUUCAUGGAGAUGUAUUUCAGUGGUGUGCAGAAUCCUGGCAGACCAACCCCUACUUCACCCUGUUCAUCGUGAUGAUGUUAUAUGCCCCAGCAGCCCUUAUUGUCUGCUUCACCUAUUUCAACAUCUUCCGCAUCUGCCAACAGCACACAAAGGAAAUCAGCGAGAGGCAAGCCCGCUUCAGCAGCCAAUGUGGGGGAACUGGGGAAGUACAGGCCUGUCCUGAUAAGCGCUAUGCCAUGGUCCUGUUCCGUAUCACUAGUGUGUUUUACAUCCUCUGGUUGCCAUAUAUCAUCUACUUCUUAUUGGAGAGCUCCACGGGGCACAGCAGCCGCUUUGCAUCCUUCUUGACCACCUGGCUUGCUAUUAGUAACAGUUUCUGCAACUGUGUCAUUUAUAGUCUCUCCAACAGUGUCUUCCAAAGGGGAUUAAUACGCCUUUCAGGGGCCAUGUGUACUUCUUGUGCAAGUCAGACCACAGCCAAGGAUCCUGACACAGUUAGGAGCAAAGGUCCUCUUAAUGGAUGUCAUGUCUGAAGAGGCUCAGAUACUGGAUUACCCUUUCUGUAUG